UCCAGACGGCAUGUAUGGACCUGACUGUACCCAGACCUGUCACUGUGCAGCCGGACCAGCUGCCUGUCACAAGGAGACCGGGGCCUGUAUGGGAGGAUGUCAUGACUUAUGGACUGGAGACUCGUGUCAGAACCGCACAGCGGCUGUCUCGUACGAGAAUCUCUUUACCAAGGAGGCAGGUCGCUUCUUCGGUGAUUCUGGCAAUCAUAUAACAGCGUACAACAACAUAGACGCCGAGGAGUGUGCCCGCCGCUGUCUGCUAGGUCACGGCAGUUACGACGGCGUCACCACGGCAUGUCUGUCCUUCAACCACCGCCCCGCGGGGUCGCCAGAGGGCGGCUUUGCACGGUGUUGGCUCCGCAGUAGUGACAAGGUCAUGGCGGCGUCUCCUGGUUCUGAGUGGGAGAGUUGGCCUCAUAGAAACUACUACCAACGGAAACAUAUAUUGGCGCCCGAAGACUGUGCUGACGUGUUCGCCCUUGGGAUUCAGUACAAUCAUGUCUACUUUAUGGGCCACCCCCAACCGUUCCAAGCCUACUGUGACAUGGACACUGAUGGCGGUGGGUGGACGGUCAUACAGCGGCGUCAGGACGGGUCCGUGCCGUUUAAUAAGACUUGGACUGAGUACGAGCGGGGCUUCGGCAAUCUCAUGGGAGAAUCCUGGCUAGGAUUAGAGCACAUCCACAGUCUGACAACACAGAAACAAAACGAACUGUACGUGUACUUGGAAGACUGGGAAAUGAACAGCCGGUUUGCGCGGUACAGCAGGUUUUCUGUAGGGAAUGCCGACAGCAAGUACACGGCAACGAUCGGCGGGUACAGCGGGGAUGCAACUGAUAGUUUGGACCCGUCCACUACACGUCACAGCAUCAACAACAGACAGUUUUCUACAACAGACCAGAAUAAUGCCGGUGCCAGCGAAAACUGUGCGGUUAAAUUCGGACAAGGAGGCUGGUGGUACACUCCAAGUUGUGGCUGGGCCAUGUUGAACGGACAAUAUCUGACCGGCUGUUCAGUACCUACAGCUACCUGCCCCAGUGCAAAAGGAAUCUUCUGGGAGAAUUGGAGGGGUCUUCUUUAUUCCUUGAAGAAAACGGUCAUGAUGAUCAGGCCUGCAGAUUUUCCAGCGUCCUCUUUCAAAUCUUGCCAGAAUGGUACCCUGACCUCAGGACCGGAAGGCUCCGGACUG